GAAUCACGUCCACAUUUAUGAAAUAUUGAGCAGCACGCUAGAUUGAUAUUAAAUUCCAUUAUCAGCAAUACGGGAUUGAUUGUCAUGAAUUGAUACGAGCAUAUACAAUUCGAUUUUUAGACAAAGACGCGCCAGAAUGGGCACAAAUUUCACCGACUUCGAGUCCGGACAUCGCGACUUGGUCACAGUCACAAAAUUCAAUUUUUAUGGGAAUCGUAUUGUUACAGGAUCUUCAGAUCAUAGAUUAAAGGUUUGGGAUCAAAAGGAUGGACAAUGGCAGUUGACUGAUACUUGGCGUGCGCAUGAUGCUGAGAUUCGAGACGCCACCUGGAAUGGACCUUUUACUGGACAGCACAUUGGCAGUGUAGGCGAGGAUAUGCGUCUUAAAAUAUGGCAAGAAGACGUCACGCAACCACCUAAUUCGGGCCGGCGGUUCAAGUCGAUAUACCGCUUGCCGGCUCCUCACAGGGUGCCCUUUGUUUCACUAGACUUUCGAAAUGUGGACCUAGACACAUGGUUGGCCGUCAUAACCCGCGACGGAUAUCUGAUGGUGAUGGAGCCCGUCAUGCCGGAUACGCUCGGAGAGUGGCAGGCCCUGGACCAGUUUAGAGUGUGUACCGCGCCAGGGCGUGGAGAAGAGACCAGUUUCCGGGUACAGUUCCAUCAUGACUCAUUCGAUGCUACGCACUCUUUGAAACCUGACGGUGAUCGGAAAAGCUUGUCGUUGGUCGUCGCGGCGAUGGAUACGGUGAAGAUUUAUAGGACUGAUUCGAGUCGGCGCUUCUAUCAUGCUAUUGAAUUGACGGGUCACGGUGGUCUUGUUCGUGAUAUUUCAUGGGCAAAUGGCUCGGUACGGGGAUACGAUCUCAUCGCUAGUGGUUGCAAGGAUGGAUUUAUUCGGAUUUUUGAGGUUUAUACAUCGCUUUCGGGGAAUGGAGCGCACGGGAACCACCACCAUCAACGUAAUGGACAUCUUUCGGCACAGUCACCUUCUCAACGUGCAACAGCACAAUCUGGGAUUGGCUCUGCACUGGCCAAUCGAGCUCCCGUAACGGCUUCUCCUCGUCCGGCGAACGUUGAUACACCGUUUCGUCAUGAGUAUCGGGAGGUAGCUUGUAUUGAUAGUCGUCAUUUGGACGUUUGGCAGGUACAAUGGUCGUUUGCAGGUGACUGUUUGAUAUCUUCAGGCGAUGAUGGGAGUGUCCGGUUCUGGAAAAAGGGGCUUACAGGAGAAUGGCUGGAAUUUGCCGAGACAGAUAUGACAGAUGAAGAACCACCAACUUGA